GCUGUUCCCUGGUGUGUCUGCUCCUCUGGGCUCUGUCCCAGCAGCCACAAUGAGUUCCACACUCCACUCGGUUUUCUUCACUCUGAAGGUCAGCAUCCUGCUGGGGUCUCUGCUGGGGCUCUGCCUGGGCCUUGAGUUCAUGGGCCUCCCCAACCAGUGGGCCCGCUACCUCCGCUGGGAUGCCAGCACGCGCAGCGACCUGAGUUUCCAGUUCAAGACCAACGUCUCCACGGGUCUGCUCCUCUACCUGGAUGAUGGCGGCGUCUGCGACUUCCUAUGCCUCUCCCUGGUGGAUGGCCGCGUUCAGCUCCGCUUCAGCAUGGACUGUGCCGAGACUGCCGUGCUGUCCAACAAGCAGGUGAAUGACAGCAGCUGGCACUUCCUCAUGGUGAGCCGCGACCGCCUGCGCACGGUGCUGAUGCUUGACGGCGAGGGCCAGUCUGGGGAGCUGCAGCCCCAGCGGCCCUACAUGGAUGUGGUCAGUGACUUGUUCCUUGGUGGAGUCCCUGCUGACAUACGACCUUCUGCCCUGACCCUUGAUGGAGUACAGGCCAUGCCCGGCUUCAAGGGAUUAAUUCUGGAUCUCAAGUAUGGAAACUCGGAGCCUCGGCUUCUAGGGAGCCAGGGUGUCCAGUUGGAUGCCGAGGGACCCUGUGGUGAGCGUCCCUGUGAAAAUGGUGGGAUCUGCUUUCUCUUGGACGGCCACCCCACCUGUGACUGUUCUACCACUGGCUAUGGUGGCAAGCUCUGCUCAGAAGAAGACAAUCGACUAGAAGGCCUCUCCCACCUCAUGAUGAGUGAACAAGGUAGGAGUGAAGGGAGAGAGGAGAAUGUGGCCACUUUCCGAGGCUCAGAGUAUCUGUGCUACGACCUGUCUCAGAACCCGAUCCAGAGCAGCAGUGAUGAAAUCACCCUCUCCUUUAAGACCUGGCAGCGUAACGGCCUCAUCCUGCACACGGGCAAGUCGGCUGACUAUGUCAACCUGGCUCUGAAGGAUGGUGCGGUCUCCUUGGUCAUUAACUUGGGGUCCGGGGCCUUUGAGGCCAUUGUGGAGCCAGUGAAUGGAAAAUUCAAUGACAACGCCUGGCAUGAUGUCAAAGUGACACGCAACCUCCGGCAGCACUCAGGCAUCGGACACGCUAUGGUGACAAUCUCUGUGGAUGGCAUUCUUACCACGACGGGCUACACUCAAGAGGACUAUACCAUGCUGGGCUCGGACGACUUCUUCUACGUGGGAGGAAGCCCAAGUACUGCUGACUUGCCUGGCUCCCCUGUCAGCAACAACUUCAUGGGCUGCCUUAAAGAGGUUGUUUAUAAGAAUAAUGACAUCCGUCUGGAGCUGUCUCGCCUGGCCCGAAUUGGGGACACCAAGAUGAAAAUCUAUGGCGAAGUAGUAUUUAAGUGUGAGAAUGUGGCCACACUAGACCCCAUCAACUUCGAGACCCCAGAGGCUUACAUCAGCUUGCCCAAGUGGAACACUAAGCGUAUGGGCUCCAUCUCCUUUGACUUCCGUACCACUGAGCCCAAUGGCCUGAUCCUCUUCACUCAUGGAAAACCCCAAGAGAGGAAGGAUGCUCGGAGCCAAAAGAACACAAAAGUAGACUUCUUUGCUGUGGAACUCCUUGAUGGCAACCUGUACUUGCUGCUUGACAUGGGCUCUGGCACCAUCAAAGUGAAAGCCACUCAGAAGAAAGCCAAUGAUGGGGAAUGGUACCAUGUGGACAUUCAGCGAGAUGGCAGAUCAGGUACUAUAUCAGUGAACAGCAGACGCACGCCAUUCACCGCCAGUGGGGAGAGCGAGAUCCUGGACCUGGAAGGAGACAUGUACCUGGGAGGGCUGCCAGAGAACCGUGCUGGCCUUAUUCUCCCCACCGAGCUGUGGACUGCCAUGCUCAACUAUGGUUACGUGGGCUGCAUUCGCGACCUGUUCAUUGAUGGGCGCAGCAAGAACAUUCGACAGCUGGCAGAGAUGCAGAACGCUGCGGGUGUCAAGUCCUCCUGUUCACGGAUGAGCGCCAAGCAGUGUGACAGCUACCCCUGCAAGAACAAUGCUGUGUGCAAGGACGGCUGGAACCGCUUCAUCUGUGACUGCACCGGCACCGGAUACUGGGGAAGAACCUGCGAAAGGGAGGCAUCCAUCCUGAGUUAUGAUGGUAGCAUGUACAUGAAGAUCAUCAUGCCCAUGGUCAUGCAUACUGAGGCAGAGGAUGUGUCCUUCCGCUUCAUGUCCCAGCGAGCUUAUGGGCUGCUGGUGGCUACGACCUCCAGGGACUCUGCCGACACCCUGCGUCUGGAGCUGGAUGGGGGGCGUGUCAAGCUCAUGGUUAACUUAGACUGUAUCAGGAUAAACUGUAACUCCAGCAAAGGACCAGAGACCCUGUAUGCAGGGCAGAAGCUCAAUGACAAUGAGUGGCACACCGUUCGGGUGGUGCGGAGAGGAAAAAGCCUUAAGUUAACUGUGGAUGAUGAUGUGGCUGAGGGUACAAUGGUGGGAGACCAUACCCGUUUGGAGUUCCACAACAUUGAAACAGGAAUCAUGACUGAGAAACGUUACAUCUCCGUUGUCCCCUCCAGCUUCAUUGGCCAUCUGCAGAGCCUCAUGUUUAAUGGCCUUCUCUACAUUGACUUGUGCAAAAAUGGUGACAUUGAUUAUUGUGAGCUGAAGGCUCGUUUUGGACUGAGGAACAUCAUCGCCGACCCUGUCACCUUUAAGACCAAGAGCAGCUACCUGAGCCUUGCCACCCUUCAGGCUUAUACCUCCAUGCACCUCUUCUUCCAGUUCAAGACCACCUCACCAGAUGGCUUCAUUCUCUUCAAUAGUGGUGAUGGCAAUGACUUCAUUGCAGUUGAACUUGUAAAGGGGUAUAUACACUACGUUUUUGACCUCGGAAACGGUCCCAAUGUGAUCAAAGGCAACAGUGAUCGCCCCCUGAAUGACAACCAGUGGCACAAUGUCGUCAUCACUCGGGACAAUAGUAACACUCAUAGCCUGAAAGUGGACACCAAAGUGGUCACUCAGGUUAUCAAUGGUGCCAAAAACCUGGAUUUGAAAGGUGAUCUCUACAUGGCUGGUCUGGCCCAAGGCAUGUACAGCAACCUCCCAAAGCUUGUGGCCUCUCGAGAUGGGUUUCAGGGCUGUCUGGCAUCAGUGGACUUGAAUGGACGCCUGCCAGACCUCAUCAAUGAUGCCCUUCAUCGGAGCGGACAGAUCGAGCGUGGCUGUGAAGGACCCAGUACCACCUGCCAGGAAGAUUCAUGUGCCAACCAGGGGGUCUGCAUGCAACAAUGGGAGGGCUUCACCUGUGAUUGUUCUAUGACCUCAUAUUCCGGAAACCAGUGCAAUGAUCUGCUGCUUCUGGUUCAUGGGUUUAGUUCUGACUUCAUGAAGGUGCUUCUAGCACUGGAAAGACGCUUCAAUGCUGUGGGCAUCUAUAACCUGUGUCUCCGCUUCUUUCUCAUGUUGUUUUCUUGA